UUUACUCUUGGAGGGAACUUUCUUCUUCUCGUUCAGUCUCCCUCUCUCUGUUCAUCAGCAGAGACCACAGUCACCAGACCGACAGCCCAUACGGAGCACUUGGUCUUCGUUUGGAGCUUUCAAUGGUGUUUCUGUGACUAGGGUUUUGAAGAAAGAGUAGAGUGGUUGGUGGGAAGGAAGCAAGAAGCGCAUUCGAAAGUCAAACUGGAAAAUAUAUUCAUUAACAGAAUGCAAGAUUAUGGACAAACUCCCAUUCAGCUUCAGAUGUUAAUAAUGAAAUCUGUGAAGGAAAUUGCAGCAAUUAUUGGUGUGGUUAUAGAGCAAACGACAGAUUAUUGGAUGGGAGAAUGCUCCAUCCUUGUGUCCUUUUAAAUGUGGAACAUGAUCAUGGAGAAGGAGAAUAUAUUUUCUUUCAAGACACCUAAAAGAUCACCAUUUCUGCUGCGUCUGGUGCUUUUUUUCUUUGUCAUGGCUUUUGGACUGUACAUUUGCUCUGUUUGUCUAAAGCAGAUAACUGUACAGGUAAAUCCAAAGAAUAUAUUUCCCGUUACAGGGUUGACCGAGACAAGUUGUGAUAUAAAUGGAACGUCACGUGAAGAAACCCGCUUUGUCCAUUUUCCGCGGCCUAAUUCAUAUAGCAGGGGGGAAUGUGCAUGUACUCCAGUCAGGUUCUUUGUUAUUUUAUCCAUGCAGAGAUCUGGAAGUGGGUGGUUUGAAACUUUGCUGAACAGUCAUCCUAAUAUUAGUUCCAAUGGUGAAAUCUUCUCUGUAAAACAAAGGAGAAGCAAUAUUUCAGCUAUUUUGAAGACAUUAGAUAGUGUAUAUAGGUUAGACUGGAUGAGUAGUGCUGCAAAAAAUGAUUGUGUCGCUGCAGUUGGUUUCAAGUGGAUGCUGAACCAGGCUGUCAUGGUUAAUCAUCAGCAGAUCGUUAAUUAUUUUAACGGGAAGGGUGUUUCUGUUUUAUUUCUAUUUCGAAGAAAUCUAUUGAGAAGGCUUAUUUCUUUAAUGGCAAAUGAUUAUGAUAGAGAAGCAAAGCUGCUCAAUGGCACCCAUAAGUCUCAUGUGCAUACGAAGGAAGAGGCUGAAAUACUGGCACAAUUCAAGCCUACACUCAAUAUCAGUGACUUGAUACCAGGCCUUAAGAAUUUUGAGCACAUCAUGGAAGAUUCAUUACAAAAAUUCAAUAGCACUCGCCAUAUAAAUUUGUAUUAUGAAGAUCUUGUCAACAACCAAAAGGUAUUAUCUGAUGUUCAAGAGUUUCUUAGAGUUCCAAUUAAGAAACUGCAAAGCCACCAAGUGAAGAUUCACACCAGACCUCUUUUGGAGCAAGUAGAAAACUGGGAGGACGUCUACAGAACACUCAAAGGAACGCAGUAUGAGCAUUUCCUCUUCCAUACUGAUUACAUUAUCUAGUCUUGUAUCAAUUGCUUCCUUGUUUCUCAGUAGUGCUUAUAUCAUGAUUUUAACUAUGCACUAUAACAUUAUCUGUAUACGUGGCUUUCAUUCACAUUUAUUUAUCUCAAUGGAUGAUAGUCAUAACUGAGAUUUUGAGAAAUUCAGUAGAAAGAAGAGGUCUUUCU